AUGGAUGUCCAGCUCUGGCAGUUCCUUUUGGACCUCCUCACCGACUGGCGUCACCGGGAGGCCAUCCAUUGGGUGUCGGAGGACGGCGAAUUCAAGCUGUCUAACCCCGAACAGGUUGCCUCUAUGUGGGGCCAGCGCAAAAACAAGCCCGCAAUGAACUACGAGAAGUUGUCUCGUGCUUUGCGCUACUAUUACGAUGGCGACAUGAUCUCUAAGGUGCAUGGGAAGCGCUUCGUUUACAAGUUUAUUUGUGACCUCAAAACCCUCCUCGGAUUCUCCGCUGGUGAACUCCACGCUCUCGUGAGAAGGUGUGUGGAGAAACAUGCCGCGGAUGGCGGAGGCGGGCGAAACGGAACGCGAAAGCGACCCUUUGAUGUGGAUGUGGAAGGAGGAAGCUGGUUCGGUCAAGGCCUUUCCUCGCCCCCUCCAUCGAGGUUCCGGUUAAUAUCUUCAAUACCGGCGAUUCUCGACAACGCAGAAUCUAAUUCUACGUCUCCCGAAGUCGAUCUGAGUCCCCACUUUUCAAAGGAGGAGGAAGAUGACGACGGCGAUGACGAUGACGACGUGUCAUUCGAAUAUUCUUCCGGGGCUGUUGACGGCGAAGAAAUUGAGAAGGCCGCAGCUGCCCUCCUCCUUGAAGUCGCAGACUGCGAUAUUGUGGCGAAUAGGGAUGGGAACUUAACUUCUCCUUUAUAG